AUGGAAGAAGAAUCUCAAACCCUUGGAAAACGAAAAGAGCCGGAGCCUUCAGAAACCCCAAACCCUAACGAAGCUUCUCCUCCGAAGCGACAAAACCUCACCAGAACAUGUCUCCACGAGGUCGCCGUCCCCGCCGGCUACACUCCGACGAAAGACGAGUCGGUCCACGGUACCCUCUCGAACCCCGCAUUCCAAGGCCCCAUAGCCAAGACCUACAAGUUCGAGCUCGAUCCGUUUCAGAAGAUCUCCGUGGCGUGCUUGGAGCGCAACGAGUCGGUUCUCGUCUCGGCGCACACGUCGGCCGGGAAGACUGCGGUUGCGGAGUACGCGAUUGCGAUGGCGUUUCGAGACAAGCAGAGGGUGAUAUACACGUCUCCGGUGAAGGCUUUGAGUAAUCAGAAGUAUAGGGAGUUUAAUCAGGAGUUCGAGGAUGUUGGAUUGAUGACUGGGGAUGUGACGAUUUCGCCGAAUGCGAGUUGUUUGGUUAUGACUACUGAGAUUCUGAGGGGAAUGCUUUACAGGGGAUCAGAGGUUUUGAAGGAAGUUGCGUGGGUGAUUUUCGAUGAGAUACAUUAUAUGAAGGAUAGGGAGAGAGGGGUGGUUUGGGAGGAGAGUAUUAUAUUCAUGCCGCCGGAGGUUAAGAUGGUGUUUCUCUCGGCUACAAUGUCGAAUGCCACUGAGUUUGCGGAGUGGAUUUGUAAUGUGCAUAAGCAGCCUUGUCACGUGGUGUACACGGAUUUUAGGCCGACUCCGCUGCAGCAUUAUAUUUUCCCCGUGGGUGGGACUGGGUUGCAUCUUGUGGUGGACGAGAAUGAGCAGUUCAAGGAGGACAAUUUUAUGAAGCUGCAGGAUAGUUUCUCGAAGCAGAAAGUGGGGGAAGGUCACAGGAGUGCGAAUGGCAAGGCCGGUGGGAGAAUUGCAAAAGGUGGGAGUGCUGGGCCGGGCGGUUCUGACAUUUUCAAAAUUGUGAAGAUGAUUAUGGAAAAGAAAUUUCAGCCCGUUAUAAUUUUCAGCUUCAGUAGAAGAGAAUGUGAACAUCAUGCAAUGGAUAUGUCUAAGCUUGACUUCAACUCCCAAGAGGAAAAAGAUGUUGUUGAACAGGUUUUUCGCAAUGCAAUACUCUGCUUAAAUGAGGAAGACAGAGAGUUGCCUGCUGUUGAGUUAAUCUUGCCACUCCUUCUGCGAGGCAUUGCUGUGCAUCAUUCUGGCCUUCUUCCUGUUAUCAAGGAAUUGGUAGAACUCCUUUUUCAGGAAGGCCUUGUAAAGGCCCUCUUUGCUACUGAGACAUUUGCAAUGGGUAUAAACAUGCCAGCAAAAACUGUUGUUUUCACAGCUGUCAAAAAGUGGGAUGGUGAUAGUCAUCGAUAUAUUGGGUCUGGGGAGUAUAUCCAAAUGAGCGGUAGGGCCGGGCGUCGUGGCAAAGAUGAGCAAGGUAUUUGUAUCAUAAUGAUUGAUGAGCAGAUGGAAAUGAACACACUUAAGGACAUGGUGUUGGGUAAACCAGCUCCUUUGGUUAGUACUUUCAGACUCAGCUACUAUUCAAUUUUGAAUUUGCUGAGCCGUGCGGAAGGCCAAUUCACAGCUGAACAUGUGAUAAAGAAUUCCUUUCACCAAUUUCAGCAUGAAAAGGCUUUACCUGAUAUAGGGAAGAAGGUUUCACAGCUUGAGCAGGAAGCAGAAAUGCUUGAUUCAUCAGGAGAGGCUGAAGUUGCAGAGUAUGAUAAGAUAAAACUUGAUAUAGCCCAACUUGAGAAGAAAAUGAUGUCAGAGAUAAUGAGACCUGAAAGAGUUCUAAUCUUUCUUCUUACUGGUCGCUUGGUUAAGAUAAGGGAAGGUGGAACAGAUUGGGGUUGGGGAGUUGUAGUUAAUGUUGUUAAAAAGCCUUCAUCAGGAGCUUCUUCACGUGGUGGUGGUUAUAUAGUAGAUACUUUGCUUCACUGUUCUCCUGGUUCAAGUGAGAACAGUUCACAGCCAAAACCAUGUCCCCCUCGCCCUGGAGAGAAGGGUGAAAUGCAUGUAGUCCCUGUUCAGUUGCCGCUGAUAUCUACUCUAAGCAAGCUGCGAAUAAAUGUUCCUUCUGAUUUGCGGCCACUGGAGGCAAGGCAAAAUAUACUUCUUGCAGUGCAGGAACUGGGAACACGUUUUCCACAAGGCCUUCCAAAGCUGAAUCCUGUAAAGGAUAUGGGCAUUCAAGAUCCUGAAAUUGUUGAGCUGGUUAAUCAAAUAGAAGCACUUGAAGAGAGAUUAUAUGCACACCCACUGCAUAAGUCUCAAGAUGUGCACCAGAUUAAAUGUUUCCAAAGGAAAGCAGAGGUGAAUCAUGAAAUUCAACAACUGAAGUCCAAAAUGCGUGAAUCACAGCUUCAAAAAUUUCGUGAUGAACUUAAGAACCGUUCAAGGGUCUUGAAGAAGCUUGGUCAUAUUAAUGCCGAGGGUGUUGUCCAGUUGAAGGGGCGGGCAGCCUGCUUGAUAGACACCGGAGAUGAACUUCUUGUUACUGAACUGAUGUUUAAUGGUACAUUCAACGAUUUAGAUCAUCACCAAAUUGCAGCUCUUGCAAGUUGCUUUAUUCCAGGAGAUAGAUCAAAUGAACAGAUACAAUUGAGGUCAGAGCUUGCAAGACCCUUACAACAACUCCAAGAGAGUGCAAGAAGAAUAGCAGAGAUACAAAAUGAAUGCAAAUUAGAAACAGAUGUAGACGAGUAUGUGGAAUCAACAGUGAGGCCAUUCUUGAUGGAUGUGAUUUAUUGUUGGUCAAAGGGUGCAAGUUUUGCGGAAGUUAUACAAAUGACAGAAAUCUUUGAGGGCAGUAUCAUCAGAUCUGCCAGAAGACUUGAUGAAUUUUUGAACCAGUUGCGAACAGCUGCUAAUGCUGUUGGAGAAGUUGAUUUGGAGAAGAAAUUUGAAGCAGCAAGUGAAAGCCUUCGCCGAGGUAUCAUGUUUGCAAAUUCACUUUAUCUGUAGAAUUCUUCCUGCAGGUCAUCACAUCUAUGCUGGAAACAGAGGUUUCACAGUAGCGAUAAUUGGUUGCCGUGUGACUAGAUACAUCAACUCUCUGUGAACGCUUACAAGUUUUUUCCCCCUUUCCAUCUUGAUCAUGUUGUAUACAUUGAAUCCGGGACCGUGUGGAGUAAUAUACUCAAGUGACAUCAAUGGAAUUAAAGGUGCUGCCAUAGUUGAAUUAAAUGCUUGUGGUACCCUCUGUUUUUUGUUGGGUUCUUGUCAAUUUUCUUUCAAGAUCAGCUCCUAUCAUGCUUCCACUUCUCAUGUUAGCUCGUAAUGAAGUGACUGGAGCAUAAUUGAGAUCAUGAGGUUUUUACAAGUGACCAGAAUGUGGUGUUACGAUAUAGUCGAAGUUGCUUGGAGCGAUAGUGAGCAUGAUGGGAACAUAUUCAUCCAAACAUUUCCUUGUUAUAACUCGGGAGCUGAUAAGCAGUUUAAUGAUUCACUUGUACUGGAUAAUUUACUCAUGCUUGGACCCAUUGUUGUUAGAUGUAUCCUGCAGGCUGCAGAAGCUUCCUUUCCAUCCAAUUGAUUCAAAAUU